AUGUCUGCCCCCGACGACAUCGAGUCGGCCAUCCAGAAGCUGUACAAGCAGAUUGAGGUGGAGAAAAACAUCAUCCGCGGCACCAAGGCCGCCGCCCAGGCGUCCCAAGACUCGGCGUUCAAACUGCAGUGCCAGUCCAAGCUCACGGACAACCAGAAGAAUGUCAACUACCUGGAGAGCAAGAUGCGGGAGCUCAAGCUGAGAACCCGCCCCGAAGCCAUGGCCCCCGGCCCACACCCCACACAAAAACGAGCAAACUUCACCAAGCUCGAUCUCAUCAAGUACGACACGCCCUUCUUCGGCCCCCGGAUCCAGCAUAUGCUGCAGCAACUGGAGUUCAAGAUGAGCGUGGAGAAAAACUACAAGGAGGGCUUUGAGAACGCGCUACGGCUCUACCAGCGGGACCCCAAGAAGAUCCAGGAGAUUGAAAACAUGCGCAAGGAGUCGUUGCAGAAGAUGGGCCUGCUAAAGAAGUCGCUCAAGCGCUACCAGGACAUGCACAUUGAUAUUGACGACGCCAUUGACAGCGACAGCAUCAACGCCCCCAACAUUAGACGUCCUCUGUCGGGAAUCGUCACCAUCACCGUCCACGCCCUCCGAAACGUGGAACACAUUGCGUCGGUGCGUGGCAAGCGGCCCGAAACCAUGGUCACUGUUAAGUGCGAGGACAAGCUGGUGGGCCGAACCAAGCUGUCCCGAACCGAGCGGUGGAACGAUACCUUCCAGUUCCCCGUGGACAAGGCCAACGAGGUCGAGAUCAUCAUCUACGACCGAGACGGCGACCACUUCAAGCCCGUGGGUCUCCUGUGGCUCACAAUCAGCGACGUGGCAGAGGAGAUUCGACGGCGAAAGAACGGCCAGAAGCUCGCUGCAACAGGUUGGGUCGCGGCCUCCGAAACAGCUGCUGGCGGUCAUGCCGACCCUGCUUCGCGGGGAGGUGCCGCUGCCUCUGGUGCCACCGGUUCGGGUCUGCCUACCCUUGAGGCGCCCCAGAUUGACCGGCCAGUAUCUUCUGUGGUCAACUACGCAGGCCCCACCAUCGAGGAGUGGUUUGUAGUGGAGCCCGCAGGCCAGAUCUACCUAACUCUGGGCUUCGAGAAAACCAAUCGGGGCGUCAAGCGGCCCCACGAGCUGGGAGGACUGGGUCUGGGCCGUCAGAACGCCAUUCGAAAGAAGGAGGACGUGCACGAGAUCCACGGCCACAAGUUUGUGGCGCAGCAGUUCUACUCGAUCAUGCGGUGCGCCCUCUGUGGUGACUUUUUGAGUGGAGCGGGUUUUCAGUGUCAGGAUUGUCGGCUCACGUGCCACGGCAAGUGCUACUCCAAGGUGGUCACCAAGUGCAUCUCCAAGUCGUCCACCGAAACGGAUCCCGACGAGGAGAAGCUUAACCACCGAAUUCCUCACCGUUUCCAGGUCUUCACCAAUAAGUCUGCCAACUGGUGCUGCCAUUGCGGUUACAUUUUGCCCCUGGGCCGUAAGUCUGUGCGCAAAUGUGGCGAGUGUGGAGUCACUGCACACGUGCAGUGUGAGCACCUUGUGCCCGACUUUUGCGGUAUGUCCAUGGAGCGGGCAAAUCAGAUUCUCAGUGAGAUCAAGUCGACAAAGAUCCGACGGGCGUCCCAGCACCCCACUACGUCGACCUCGUCGUCCCAGCAGUCGACGCUGUACAGUGCCACUCCGUCGCACAUGCAUGUCAAUGCAGGAGACAGAGAUGGGAAUGGCUAUGGCGCCGGCAACAGCUCCGAUCGUCUGUCAUUGACCCCCGUCGAUACUAACAGUAGCAUUAAUAGUACUGCGACCAUGCGGGGCGAGCGAAAGAACACGGUGCGGCGCAAGGAGGUGGGUUCUGCUCCCUCUCUGCCUCCCAAGGAAGGCUCUGUGUCGUCGAGUGCAGCCUCUCUCGUUGGCAUUCCUCCUCCUGGAGUGCCUGCCCCUGGCCCUCCUUCUGCUGUCCCCGAUCGAGGACAGGCGUACCACCAGCAACGGUACGACCCCACAGCAUCGACUCUGGACCCAAGGGCCCGUCGAGAGUCGCAGGGUUAUGUGCUACCGACUUCUGCUUCGCCCAAGUCGCCUUCUCGGUCACCUCAGCAGCAGCAGUUUCAGUCGUCUCCCUCGCGCGACAGAGAGGAGCAGCCCCUGUAUCCGCCUCGAAACUCUUCUGUGGGCGAUAUCUACCCCAACAGAGAAUCCACACCCAGCCCGUCGCAGGUGCUGUCUCCUGUUGAGGACGAUGUGAAGAUGGAGGAUGAGGACGCGUUUGACAAGAGUAUCAUCAACAACGAGCCUGAAGCCUCAGACGCCUCCGUCAGCUACUCGCCUCCCAAGAGCAUGAUCAUUGACGAGCAGCACAAGAAGCACAGUGCAUCAGGCUCCCUUGACUCAGGCUACCAGUCGCUGCCUGUGCCUGGCGUGCAUGCUGAGCAGCAGCAGCGGGACGAGGAAGAUGCGCGAGCUCGAGAGCAGCAGCACAAGGAGCAGCAGGCGCUCCGAGCACAGCAACAGCGUGAACAGCAGAUGCGUGAACAGCAGUACCAACAGCAACAGUAUCAGCAGCAACAGUACCAGCAGCAACAGGCGCAGCAACAGCAGGUGCAGCAACGACAGGCCGCCCAGCAGGCACAGCAAGCCCAGGCUGCGGCUGCUGCCGCUGUUGCUGCCACUGCGUCCCAGACCCAGGCAGCCGGCGCUUCCCCGGCUUCUCCCGCUCCUGCUAGCAACCGACAUUCCGUUGUGGGCAAGAAGAAGCGGCCGCGAAUCGGGCUGGACGAUUUCAACUUCCUGGCGGUGCUCGGAAAGGGUAACUUUGGAAAGGUCAUGUUGGCGGAGUCCAAGAAGACGACCAACCUGUACGCCAUCAAGGUGCUCAAGAAGGACUUUAUCAUUGAGAACGACGAGGUGGAGAGCACAAGAUCCGAGCGACGGGUGUUCCAGAUCGCCAACCGAGAGUCGCACCCGUUCCUGCUCAAUCUGUACUCAUGUUUCCAGACGGAAAACCGAGUCUACUUUGUCAUGGACUACGUGUCGGGAGGAGAUCUCAUGUGGCACAUUCAGAAGGAGGGUGUGUUCAAGCCCGGCCGGGCCCAGUUCUACGCCGCAGAAGUGCUGCUUGGAAUCAAGCACUUCCACGACAAUGGAGUCAUUUACCGAGAUCUCAAGCUUGACAACAUUCUGCUCACCCGAGACGGACAUGUCAAGAUUGCCGAUUACGGUCUCUGUAAGGAAGACAUGGACUAUGGCCGAACCACAGGUACCUUCUGCGGUACUCCUGAGUUUAUGGCUCCGGAGAUUCUGCUGGAGCAGCGAUAUGGCCUCGCUGUCGACUGGUGGGCCUUUGGCGUGCUCAUCUACCAGAUGGUACUCGGACAGAGUCCCUUCCGAGGAGAAGACGAGGACGAAAUCUUCGACGCCAUUCUGGCCGAUGAGCCCCGAUACCCCAUCACUCUGCCCGGUAAUUGUGUGUCUAUUCUGACGCAGCUGCUGACGCGAGAGCCCGAACGACGUCUGGGAUCGGGUCCUCGAGACGCUGAGGAGAUUAUGGCGCACCCGUACUUUGCCAACGUCAACUUUGAUGAUAUUUAUCACAAGCGAAUCCCCCCGCCGUUUGUGCCCAAGAUCACGUCGCCCACAGACGUGACUAACUUUGACCAGGAGUUCACUUCCGAGACCCCGGCUCUGACUCCCGUCACCACCACCCUGACCUCCGCCAUGCAGGAUCAAUUCAGAAACUUCACUUGGAUGUGUGAUGAAGCUAUUUGA